GGCUCGGCUCGGCUCGGCUCAGUCGGUGAACGCGAGGCGAGCUCUGCCUGCCUGCCUGCCUCCCUGUCCGCCCGCCCGCCUGCGGUUCUAGCUAGCUGUCUGGAUCCCUCCUCGCAGUUUCUGUUGACGGCUGAGGGCGCUUUCUUCGCUUCUUCUUUUUGUGAGAGACGUGACGCGUGUCUUUUUAUUUUCGGUCCACCAUGGGCGACAAAAAGAGCCCGACCAGGCCAAAAAGACAAGCCAAACCGACGGCGGAUGACAGAUAUUGGGACUGUAGCGUCUGUACGUUCAGAAACAGCGCAGAAGCUUUCAAAUGCAGCAUCUGCGACGUACGGAAGGGCACAUCCACAAGGAAGCCCAGGAUAAACUCCCAGCUGGUGGCUCAGCAGGUGGCCCAGCAGUAUGCCACCCCUCCUCCCCCAAAGAAAGAGAAGAAGGAGAGGCCCGAGAAGCCUGAGAAGGAGAGGGCGGACAGCGAGCGUCCCGACAGAAACGCACCUGAAGGCGAGCAGCCCAGCAAGGAAAAGAUCGAGAUAGACCAGCCUGACCAGGAGAAGAAGGACAGAGAGAAAGAAAUCACUCCUGCCAUCACCAAGAAACCCAACAGCAAGAAGACCAGACCCAAGACAGACAGCCAUCAAAGCCCACCCAGUGAACGAAACAGCAUACAGUCUGGAAAAUCGACCACCAAGACUAAGAACUCUCACAUCUCAAGACCCAAACUGAAGAACGUGGACCGGAGCACUGCCCAGCAGCUGGCCAUCACAGUGGGGAACGUCACAGUGAUCAUUACAGACUUUAAGGAGAAGACUCGUUCCUCUUCCACCUCCUCCUCCACAGUCACCUCCAGCGCAGGCUCUGAGCAACAGCACCAGAGCUCUGGCUCAGAGAGCAUGGACAAGGGCUCGUCACGUGCCUCCACCCCCAAAGGAGACCUCUCGGUGGGGCACGACGAGUCGUUCUGAGCCUCCAACUUCCCCUUUCCCUUUGGACACUGUGGAGAUGCUGGGAGCCCCAAGGGCUGGCCGUUUCACCGUUCUCCCAUGCCCUGCCCGGAUCCCACCUCAUUUGUUUUCCCAUAACUGAAAGAGGGAUGAAUUCUCUUCAUACACACACAGACCCACAUGCACACUCAUCCACACAUGAAUAUUGACGUGUGUAUACAUACACACCCGCGCUUUCCCUCUCAAUUGAUUGGUGGAGAUAACGACAUCUCGCUGGACCUCACCCGUGGAUAGUCACCGUCACACCUCAGCAGCAGCACUGGAGUAACAGCAGGGCCUCUGGGAUUAGUGCCCCCUCCUUGACGGCAUCCCACUCUUGUAUGUAUUGUUUUAUAUUUGUAAGUGAAUAUCAGGCUCAAUCAACUUUUUUUUUUUUUUCUUUUUUUGUAAGAAAAAAAAACAAAAAAAGUCUGCUGUGCACAAUAACCACCUACAUUUUAAUGAUCCUCAGACCGCUACUACACUUAUUUAUUAUCUGUUGCAUCUUGAUACUUUUAGAGGUUUGUUUCGUUAAAGCUUUGCGAAGUAGUUCGGCUGAUGGCUCCUUUUUACACUUCAUAGUUUUUAAAGAGCUGAAUGGAUUUGCUGGAGCCUCCUGAGAAGAAAAAAAACUCUCACAUUGGUGCUAGCUACACUGUGAAUCAGUUUUCCCGCCUUGGACUGUCCUUCACGCGUCAAGGUUCCUUGAGCCUCCUCAGCCUUGCAUUUCCACCUCCUCGGUGAGUGUGAGGGGAAGGCUGUCUGCUUUUCAUGGUAGUUCUUUCAACCUCACAUGCUGCCAGGUUGUCUGACUGAUUUCUGACUUGCGCAGUGGCGCCCCAGGUCUUGAGAUGCUCGUCUUUGGUACGGAGUCUCUUACAUUUGCUUUUGGUUGGGUUUCAGAAGGCUGGAAAAGAUCAGCUGAAGAGGCAUCUGGAGUAGGGUGCGUACCGUAGCGUUUGGGUUGGAAGUCCUACAGGAGGUUGCAGUUUCUUCUCAAGCAACAGUUAGAAGUGUUUCACCCUUGGUUAACUCGGCUUGAUGUUACUGUUUGGUUUUGUUCAUGGCUUGUUAAUGGCUUUUGGCCCAUGUUUAUGGCAUAUAGUGAAAACACUAAACUCCCAUUCCAUUGAUUCAGAUAGGUUCCUUCAGCCUACCUAGCGUGUGGUUUUAAAAUAGGCCUUACCUGCCCAUUUUGUAAUGUGCUCAGAGUACUUGAAUGAACAUUGGUGCACAGCUUCUUAUGUUGAUUCAGUGAAGCAUAAAUAUAGAAUGAAGAUGUUGACUUAUAACUUAUAAGUGACUCUAAUGAAAUAUGUGUAGAUCUCAAAGAUGUUGCUGAAGGAAAACAUCUUCAAAGAUGCAAGUAGGCAAAUUUUUUUUUUUUUUUUUUUUGUCGUUUUUGUCCAAAGCAUUCAGCUCUGAAUUUGUUUUGGACAAAAAUUGGUCUCACCCUGCCAAGAAUGGGCAAAAUUUAGUAGUAAUAAUGCCCCGUAAAAUCAAAAUAUCCACCUAAUUUCCCCUGGAAACUGUAUUAAACCUGUAUAAAGUAUGUGUAUAUGAUAUGAGUUUUAUUUAUUGAAGGACCAAAGGAAUUUGAUAUUGAUGACAUGCUAGACAAAUAAUUCAAAAUGUAAUUAUCAUAUGUGUGAUAUAUAAUACAUUUUAAAUAAAGUCUAAUAUAAUCCAUAUCAGCUGUCUUAUUCUUGUCCACUUUAUAUACACGGUCUGUCUGUAUACUGAGAAAUUCACGAAGCGCUUUGGAAUCGAAACCCUGUAAAGACGCAUUGGAAGUUGUACAUUACUGUGUUGAUUCUCACAAGACAUGGUCAGUUCAGAGGGUCCGAUCUCGAGACGACAGUAUUGAAAUACUUUAAAAACCUUUACAGCCGAUACGGUUGCUUAAUACUGUUGUCCAGCAAUGGUUGACGUUUAGCAUCAGAAGUGCGAAAAGCUGUGAAGGCGCCGGUCAAUCACUUGUAACAGAAAUGAAGACUUGGGUUUUGAUCCUCUAACGAUGCAAUGAAGAUGAAUUUUCUGCCCUUUUUUUGUUAUUUGUUUCAAUAGUGAUGAUGAAUCCUUUGAAAUGUCCUGUCGAGUCCACAGUAGUGCAUAGUCCUCUAGUGUAAUGUACAAAUGAAGGCUUUACCGAUUCAGUUAUUGAGACAGUAACCAUGUCUUGUUUGUGUAUAUGUGAUAUUAAUCAAUGGUUGUUGGAUUCCAAAAGCAUAAGUUGUGCCCUUAGUCACCAGACCUUGAGUUAAUCUGUGCAUAAUUCGAAAAAACCCACCACGUACGUGGAAUUUGUACUGAUUUUUAUUUUUAUUUUUCUUUUUUUUUUCUUUUCCCAAGAAUAUGCAAUGUGAACGUAACAUGAACAAUGAAGAAAAACGUUAGGGGGACGCCGAUGGUCCAAAUGCUUGAGAUUUAACCACAUUUCAACCCCUCUAGAGUCACCAGACCUUGCUAAGCAAUGUACAGCCUACUUUACAUUUCUUAUGAAUAUAGCCAUCUUUUCACUUGCCUUACCCGCGAUCAUGAACAGAGAACUUUUGUAAAAUUGUAAAGAGAGGGAGGGGGAGGGGAACAAUGACUUGUAUCUUAAUUUAUUGAAAUUUGAAAAAAGGUAAAAAAAAAAAAAAAUAAAUGAAAAGCUCAAAUUUAACAAUGCUUGUAUGUGUAUCUCAAAAAUGGUGCAAACGUCAACAAUGAUAGGCUACAAAUGGCAAUGGAGCUGAACAUUUUUCUUUUUUUUUAUUUUUAUUUUGAAAUGUUUUUCGUUUUUUUUUUUUUUUUUUUUACGCGCAAGCAGUUCUGUUCUUGUGUACGACCAGUAACCUUAAUUUACUGUGUAAAGAUGGUUACAUUUUUUAGCUUCUUUUGUCAGAAACCCGAUUAUAGAAUGCUUGUUUACUUGUGAUAUACAGUAGCAUUAACCAUGUGAAACUUCAAUAUAAAUGUACAGUACACCGAUUGUUUAAUUUCGAUCCUAAUACGACGUUGUUGUGAAAGCGCUUUUACAGUUUCGUAAUAACGUAGGGUCUGUUUAGUGUAUUAAUCUGAUCUUUUCGUUUGAACCUUGUCAUGCUUUUCGUUUCUUGCUAGUUGCCGAGUGUUAUUGGUAAUUUGUGUGAUGGUUGCAUUAAUUUUUCUUGUGUACAUGUAUGGGCCGUUUUCUUUUUCUUUUUUUUUGUUAUUAUUAUUAUUAUUAUUAUUAUUAUUAUUAUUAUUAUUAUUGAUCAUUGCUCCUUGUCUAUAGCUACUACAAUGUUCAGAUACUACAGUUUCCGGCAUGUGCACGACUUUGCUCUUAGAGGCUACCUUAUCAUUUUCUCUGCUUCAAAUAGAAAUGUCUAUUUAUGCAUUUUGCUUGUAGUUUUUCACAAAUAAAAUGUUCAAUUUA